UUGGGUUCCCUUCUCUCAAUUACCGACCAGUCGUAAAUAUACGUCUCCUCAACCGUUUCUAGCGAUUUUAUGAAUCAAAAUACCACACAAGUCCGAUAGAAAGUCGAUGCGACGCGUGGCGUGUUUUUUAGUGAAUAACAUAUAUAUUUGCGAUAGUUAUUGAAUCGACGUAAGUGCACAUCUAAAAGAGAACAAUAGCAAGACGCAACAUCGUCACCAAGUUUAGUCGGUGCCGGAUCGAUAAACACGCGUACUUUCACUACAAAUAACUUAGAUUUUUGCAUUGCCGGGUGGCAGGUUUUCGGCACAACGGACAGUUGACCGUGAGAAGUGAUUGUGAGUGAAUACAAAGGGGGGGAAAUGCGUGCGUAGAGUUCCCGGGACGCGCCAGAACUAAGGAGCAGUGUAACGUCUUACGAAGUGAUAAAAGGAAGCGCGGCAAAUACAAGGCCGCUAAGGCCAAAACGUGCCGGGAAAAUCGUUUAGCUAAUUGUGUAUCUGCGCUUUUUACGUGGGUGCGACAGCGCUAGUCGCUUCAGUGAUUGUGCGGUGAAAAGUGGGAAGUCGCAUUAUUUAAACCCACCGAGUAAUCCCGCGUGAUUCCCUCCUCGGAUCAGAAACGACGACAGAGAAGGUGUGAACGAUGACUAACGAAGCGGAAAAUCAGCUGACAGGGAAGGACACGGGCGGUGGUGGCGAGAAGGUCGUCCUGAAGCGCAAGAUUACGCUGGUCAAUGGAAUAACGAUUAUCGUCGGCACGAUCAUCGGAUCGGGCAUUUUUGUCUCACCUGCCGGAGUGUUCCUGUAUACCAAAUCGGUCGGAUCGUCACUCGUCAUCUGGUGCCUCAGCGGUAUCCUGUCGACGCUGGGGGCCCUGUGCUAUGCCGAGCUCGGUACCUGUAUCACCCGUUCCGGAGGCGACUAUGCCUAUCUACUUGUUGCAUUCGGGCCACUUGUUGGCUUUCUUCGGCUUUGGAUGGCCCUGCUCAUCAUACGACCCACCACCCAGGCCAUCGUGGCGCUAACGUUCGCACAGUAUGCCGUGAAACCGUUCUUCCCGGAGUGUGAUGCGCCGGACAACUCGGUUCGUCUGCUGGCGGCCGUCUGCCUAUGCUUCCUAACGGCCAUCAACUGCAUUUCGACUAAAUGGGCCAUGAAGAUCCAGAAUGUGUUCACCAUGGCCAAGCUGACGGCGCUCAUCUCCAUCAUUCUGGCUGGCGUGUGGUACUUGGCAACGGAGAAGACCGAGAACUUUGAGAACGCCUGGGAAGGGGAUUACGCCCUAUCCAGCUUGGCAUAUGCCUCCUAUUCCGGACUGUUUGCAUUCGGUGGAUGGAACUAUUUGAACUUCGUGACCGAAGAGCUGGAAAAUCCAUACAAGAAUCUGCCACGUGCCAUCUGGAUCGCCAUGCCCUUGGUAACCGGUAUCUAUGUGUUAGUCAACCUUGCCUACUUUGCUGUUGUUCCGCGACAUGAUAUGCUUGCUUCGAUUGCGGUUGCGGUUAACUUUGGAAAUCGAGUGUUUGGUCCGGUUGCUUGGUUGAUUCCGGUCUUCGUCGCCAUGAGCUGCUUUGGUGGAGUAAACGGUAUCUUAUUCACCUCUGCUCGAUUGUUCUCGACCGGUGCACAGGAAGGUCAUCUUCCAGCGUGGUUUUCGCUGGUGCACGUAAAUCGACAGACUCCCAUCCCAGCUUUGAUUUUCACGUGCGUUACAUCGAUCCUUAUGCUCAUGACGCCCAACGUGGUUGCCCUGAUUAAUUACUUCAGCCAAAUCUUAUGGCUUUCGGUGGCAGCUUGCAUAGCCGGCCUAUUGUGGCUUCGCGUGACCAAACCCAACAUGCCACGACCAAUUCGGGUAAAUCUAGCGCUUCCGAUCAUCUUCCUAACGUGCUGCAUGGUGCUGGUCCUACUUCCUUCGUUCAGCGAACCGAUGAAUCUAAUCAUUGGCAUGGCAAUCACCCUGUCCGGAGUGCCCGUAUACUACGUGUGCGUCGUUUGGAACAAGAACAAAAACCGAUCGAGGAACGUUCUCAUGCAAUGGAUCGAACGGGGAUGUCAGAUCCUGUUCAACGCUGCAUUCGUCGACUGCCACCAUGAUCGGAAGAACGACCGGGAGCUCUCCGACAUGCAAACCAGUAUCGUCGACGAGAAGAAUGUCUCCGAGUGAAGAGUUGAGCAUACAAAUUGUUUUAUAGAAGAUUUCACUAAUCUCAGAAUGACAUUUUACAAAUGAGCAAAAGUAACGCGAUUGCAUUUAUGGGCGAUGGAUGGGCACACGGUGGCCACCCGUCGACACUAUUGAUUAGUGCUUAGUGAUUUUUUUUUUAAUUUUGUCAUUUUAAGGUAGCUUAGGCGUUUUGUCUAAUUAAGAUGGAUUUAUUUUGCUACUCGCCGUGCAGUUUCUGCAAAAUAGGAAACAAAAUAGUUGUGGAAAUCUUUAUCGAUAUAUCACUAUUGAUGUUGCAAGAUCUGAACAACAUGAACAAAUAUACACAAGCAAACAGCCGUGUAUGGCUGACAAAACUUUAUAAUUGUAAAAUACAUUUCUAAAUAUAUCUGUGUACUUAAAAUAAACGUAUAAAAAA